AUGCGUACAGGACUGACUACUGAGUGUAUAGGUGGUCCCGGGUGCAAGAGCCCAAGAGGCAGAUCAAUAGGCAGGCGUCCUGCGUGUCCCCGGUCCCGCCCGGCUCCGCCGCGCCAUUCGCAGCUUGCUCUCCGCGCCAGCCGCACGCCGCCGCACCGCGCCGCACGCUCGCACUCGCGAUACCAAGUCAUGGAGGCUAAAUACGUGUGGCGCCUGGUAGCAGGGCUGAUCCUGCUGUCAGCUGUGAUCGUGUCUGCCGAAGGUGAAGUAUGGGAGGAAAGCGAGCACGAGGUUCUCAUUCGCAGCGAGAGGGGCGCUAAAAAUAGAGAGACUUGCCGCUACGUGCGCGGCGCUUGGAGCGAAUGCGAUUCGAAGACCAACUUUCGCUCUAGAAAACUGACUCUGAAGAAAGGGGAUCCAGCCAGCUGUGAGAGCAUCAAGACUAUCCAGAAGAAAUGCAAGAAAGCCUGCCGUUAUGAGAAGUCUUCCUGGAGCGAGUGCAGCCCCAACGGUGAGAUGUCGCGAACUGAUAUGCUGAAGGCCAACAGCGACUCUAGUUGCGACCAGAGUAGGCGCAUCACUAAGAAGUGCAACAAGAACAAGCAAGUCAAGACUUCCAAAGACAAGGGUAAGAAAGGUCGCCGAAAUCGUCAGUAAGAUGAGAUGCUCCUUGAAUUAUUUUUGAACUUUAUUAUUGCAAUGAUCUUGGUGCAUCUGUUUAUGUAAUAGUGCCAAAAUAGUGACAACACUUUUAAAUCGUUUCUUACAACAAUUCAUUACUAUAAUUAGCUACAAUAUACACAGUACAAUUUAUCUCAUAAUAUUGAAUUGUAUGAACACUAGAUAAUGUUAAGUAGUACAUAUUCAUUUUAUUAAUGCUGGUAAAUCGAAGUAAUUCUUUAAUAUUAAGAUAAAUAAAUAAGUACUUAAA